ACGGAGAGAAGGGGACAGUAACUUCAGCACCCACCCGGGGGUAAACAGCGACAAGGACACCCAAGUGCGGCACACUAAUCGUUUUAGUCAGAACUAGGGCUGACUGUCGCGUUUCAGUUUUAACAGUUGUGGAUGGUUGUACAUAUUUUGCCCUAUGAUUGUCACUGUAGUAAGGAGGUGAAUUCUCGCCGCCGCCAUCUUUGGAAACUGAUUGGGAGGAGUGGAGAACUUCGUUGGCUGACUGGUUUAUUACCCAGCUAUUGGUAGUUAUUUUCAGGGCCUCGACUGGCCUUACUGUACACACAUUACACUUGUUUUUCGGUUGACCAAACACAACGAAUCGGCAUCGUACAACCUGGAAAAGGCUAGUUAACAAAACUCCAAUCUGUGCUCCACCUCCAGACUCGAGUCAGUUUGUUGCGUCCUUCCCUGCCUUGUUGGACAUUUGCUCCCGUUAUUCUACCUGAACCUGGCCUCUGACAGGUGCCCGUCCUCCGGCCCCUCUGGCUCCUCCUCACUGGCAGAUGAGUUGUCACCUGCUCUGGCGUAGACCCAGCUGCGCUCCAACGGCCAGAUAGUCUGCUGGCCCCACCCCCUUUCCCCAACCUGCCGGGAGACAGCAAACUACAUUACCCAGCAUGCCAUCCACUGUGCGGGCGGGCAGUCUGAAGGACCCGGAUGUAGCCGAGCUGUUCUUCAAGGAAGACCCUGAGAAACUGUUCUCUGACCUCAGAGAGAUAGGUCAUGGCAGCUUUGGAGCAGUCUACUUUGCGCGGGAUGUGCGAACUACGGAGGUGGUGGCCAUCAAGAAGAUGUCCUACAGCGGGAAGCAGUCCAACGAGAAAUGGCAGGACAUCAUAAAAGAGGUGAAAUUUCUCCAGAGGAUUCAACAUCCCAACAGCAUAGAGUACAAGGGCUGCUACCUACGAGAAAACACAGCAUGGCUGGUGAUGGAGUACUGUCUGGGCUCCGCUUCUGAUGUUCUAGAAGUUCAUAAAAAUCCCCUUCAGGAAAUGGAGAUCGCUGCCAUUACCCACGGUGCUUUGCAGGGGUUGGCCUACCUUCACUCCCACAACAUGAUUCACAGAGACAUCAAGGCUGGUAACAUCCUCCUGACGGAGCCAGGGCAGGUCAAGCUAGCUGACUUUGGCUCUGCCUCCAUUGCCUCGCCAGCCAACUCCUUUGUGGGGACUCCAUAUUGGAUGGCCCCAGAAGUGAUCUUGGCCAUGGACGAGGGCCAGUAUGACGGGAAGGUGGACGUCUGGUCCCUGGGGAUCACCUGUGUAGAACUAGCGGAGAGGAAGCCUCCUCUGUUCAAUAUGAACGCUAUGAGUGCCUUAUACCACAUAGCGCAGAAUGAGAGCCCUACGCUGCAGUCCAGCGACUGGACGGAUUACUUUAGAAACUUUGUUGAUUCCUGCCUUCAGAAAAUCCCCCAGGAUAGACCCAAGUCUGACCAUCUACUAAACGAGGAAGAGGAGGGUUACCAUGGUGACCCAGAGGUGCAGGGCCAUCCCACAGAGCCCCCGGCCACUCAACCCCCAAGGAAACACUACAGAGAACGCAACAGAGAACACUUCGCUACCAUACGCACUGCUUCACUGGUGACUCGUGAGAUGCAGGAGCACGAGCAGGACAGUGAGCUGAGGGAGCAGAUGUCUGGUUAUAAGAGGAUGAGGCGGCAGCACCAGAAACAUCUGAUGGGUCUGGAGAACAAGCUGAAGGCUGAGAUGGAUGAGCAUCGGCUCCGUCUGGACAAAGAGCUGGAGAGCCAGAGGAACAGCUUCGCCCAGGAGAUAGAGAAACUGGUCAAGAGACACCAGGCUGCUAUGGAGAAAGAUGCAAAGACAUUUAACAACGAUGAGAAGAAGUUCCAGCAGCACAUUCAGGUCCAGCAGAAGAAAGAACUCAGCAGCUUCCUGGAGUCUCAGAAACGAGAGUACAAACUUCGCAAGGAGCAGCUUAAAGAGGAGUUGAGUGAGAACCAGUCCACCCCUAAGAAGGGGAAGCAGGAGUGGCUGUCCAAGCAGAAGGAGAACAUCCAGCACUUCCAGGCUGAGGAGGAAGCCAACUUGUUGAGGAGACAGCGGCAGUACCUGGAGCUGGAGUGUCGACGCUUCAAACGGAGGAUACUCAUUGCCAGGCACAACGUGGAGCAGGACCUGGCACGAGAGGAGUUGAAUAAGCGUCAGACCCAGAAGGACUUUGAACAUGCCAUGCUGCUCAGACAUCACGAGUCGAUGCAGGAGCUGGAGUUCAGACAUCUGGGAACCAUCCAGAAGAUGAGAGCGGAGCUUAUCAGGACACAGCACCAGACAGAACUGACCAAUCAGCUGGAGUACAACAAGAGGAGGGAGAGAGAGCUGAGACGCAAACACGUCAUGGAGGUCCGACAGCAGCCCAAGAGUUUAAAGUCUAAGGAGAUGCAGAUUAAGAAGCAGUUCCAGGACACAUGUAAGAUCCAGACGCGUCAGUACAAGGCCCUGAGGAACCACCUGUUGGAGAGCACUCCCAAGGCCGACCACAAGGCGGUGCUCAAGAGGCUGAAGGAGGAGCAGACCAGGAAACUGGCCAUCCUGGCCGAGCAGUAUGACCACUCUAUCAACAACAUGCUGUCCACACAGGCUCUGCGAUUGGACGAGGCCCAGGAAGGGGAGUGUCAGGUGCUGAGGAUGCAGCUGCAGCAGGAGUUGGAGUUGCUGAACGCCUAUCAGAGUAAGAUCAAGAUGCAGACAGAAGCCCAGCACGACAGAGAGAGGAAGGAUCUGGAGCAGAGAGUGUCGCUCCGCAGGGCUCUUCUGGAACACAAGAUUGAGGAGGAGAUGCUGUCUCUGCAGAAAGAGCGUGUGGAGCGUAUCAGGUCCCUGUUGGAGCGCCAGGCCAGAGAGAUAGAGGCCUUUGACUCAGAGUCCAUGAGACUAGGUUUCAGCAACAUGGUCCUGUCUAACCUGCAGGGCUCAGACACACAGGGCAGCCCAGGGGGGUGGGGAGGAGGGGGGUCCGGACUGUCUCAUCAUGGUCACAGCCACCACCAGGGGGGGUCCAGCUCCCAGCAGCCGUGGGGUCACCCUGUACUCGCUGGGGGCCCCCCUCCCUGGAGUCUGCACCAGCCCUCUGGAGGGGGGAGUCAGAGGGGGAGUGCGGGAGGGGCGGUGGGGGCCAGGAACAGCCCCCAGGCUAUAAGGAGGGCGUCGACGUCAGGAGGGGGGCGGAGCGAACAGGCUCUGAGCAUGAGCACCAGCAUCACCUCUCAGAUCUCCAACGGAUCACACCUGUCAUACACCUAGACACCUACACACACACACCUGUCAUACACCUAGACACCUACACACACACCUGUCAUACACCUAGACACCUACAC